CGUUCCGCUAAAUCUAUAAAAAUAUAAACAAAACAUAAACAACUUUUGAAACACACACUUUGAAACUACGAAAAUAGUAAAAAAUCCUGAAAUAAAAAUGUCCAUUACCCUAGAAAUUAAUAAUAAACAAUUAAACUCCAACGAUAAUCAAUUAAAUUUACAUUAUCUACCCGCUAAAAUCCAAGGUGAUGGCCCGGCUAAUGUGGAAAAGUAUUUCAAUCCCUACACCCACAAGGAUCAAGGCAUUUUGUCAAAUGCCUUGCGCGGUUAUCCUUUACAGGGCGAAGUUUUAAAAGUACCCGAAGGCUUUAAAGGUUUAGUGGUGCAGGAGACGCGCAAACCCUUGGAUGAGGAAGCCGAUAGGCUGUUACGCAUUAAAGGCACGUUUGAAGAGUUCACUUACUGGAAUUAUGAUAAAAUACCUUCAGUGGCGGAUGGUUAUAAACAGGCUUUGCAAAUUUUAAAGUUGGCAGAGGAGUUAGCUGAACCUUGCACGGAGGAGGACGUUCUGAAGGAAAUGGAACAGUAUAAAGCUAAGGCGUCUAAGAAAGAAAAAUAGUUUUAAGGGAUUUGGAUUGUUAGAAGAGUAAAAUUUUGUAAUUAAAUAAAUAUUUUCUAUAAAAAUUUAAA